AUGUCGGCUACGGCUACUUCCACGUUCACGACCACCACACUUGUUGGAUCCCCGGAUAUGAAGGGUGUCGCUAUAUCAGAGAAACAAUGUCCCAUGUGCUGGGGAGAAGGAUUUCCUCCAGGCGAGUCGGGUGCCCACGAUAGAAUCCAGGAGUUGGAGGGGCAAAUACAUGCGUUAACAGCGCGCGCGUCGGUUACAGCCGUCAAACUCCACGAGUACGAAGACGAAGUACGACGCCUCCGUUCCUCCCAAUCCCAAGCAAACUACGACACACCACGAUCGUCCCUGGGCGGAGUACCGCCUUCCCAAGAACGGUCCCAAACGCCCAUCGAGCGUCCAACAUCUUCAGAAUCCCAACCCCAAACACAAACCUAUCACAGUCGGCUGACGACACUUGCCUCGCUCAUCCCCUACCGGCGUAGUAGCAACACCCCCACCAGCGCGCCCUCAACGUCAAGUGGGCCCCCUCCUCUCCCAACAACACCUACAAAUCCUCUCCAGCAGAUGCAUGCUUCACCAGGAGGCAGCGACAACACCUCCGAGCUACAAGAUGCGCUAGAGCGCGAGCAGGGCCUGCGCAAGGCGGCCGAGUCGCAGCUAUCACAGGCCAACUCUGAGCUGGAAGAGUUGACCGUGCAGCUAUUCAGCCAGGCAAACGAAAUGGUCGCGCAGGAGCGGAAAGCGCGCGCAAAGCUCGAGGAAAGAGUCGCUGUGCUGGAGAGAAGGGAUGUUGAGAAACGUGGGAGGUUGGAGAGGCUGGAGAAGGCUAUGGCGCGCGUGGAGCGCCUCCGCGCCCUGGUGAAUCAAUAA